GAGAGAGAGAUAAUGUGUUUUCAUUGAGAAUUGUUCUGUUUUGUGUUAGUGAGAGAAAGUUGUCUCUGUUUCUCUCUCUUUGACUCAAAACCCUAUUGCGUGCUUUGCAAUCGACCCUGAUUAUGGCCAACAGUAACCUUCCUCGAAGAAUCAUCAAGGAAACGCAGCGUUUGCUCAGUGAGCCAGCGCCUGGAAUUAGUGCUUCCCCCUCCGAAGACAAUAUGCGAUAUUUCAAUGUCAUGAUCCUUGGCCCUACUCAGUCACCUUAUGAAGGUGGAGUUUUUAAACUAGAAUUAUUUUUGCCAGAAGAAUAUCCAAUGGCGGCUCCUAAGGUUAGGUUUCUGACAAAAAUAUAUCAUCCAAACAUUGAUAAGCUUGGCAGGAUAUGUCUUGACAUUCUGAAAGACAAAUGGAGUCCUGCCCUUCAGAUUCGCACUGUACUUUUGAGUAUUCAAGCUCUUCUAAGUGCACCAAACCCGGAUGACCCUCUUUCUGAGAACAUAGCAAAGCAUUGGAAAUCUAAUGAGGCUGAGGCUGUGGAAACAGCCAAGGAAUGGACUCGGUUAUAUGCCAUUGGCGCCUAAUGCUGGAUUGGAUGGGUUGGGAACUUUUGGCUUCAAAUAACAAUAGUAGAAGUGUAUGCUGUAUAACUGUCAAAUCUAAAUGCAAAUUUGGAGUUAUCUAUUAAACUAUUUUGAAGUUAAUAUUUCCCAUAGCUUCAGGUUACUUGUUUAUUACUUUCUUUCACCUGGAAGGCUUGUCUUGGAAUUUGUAUGAAAAUAUGUGAUAUUUUUAUCUGACAAAUUUAAACAUAACUUCGUCUCUCAACUAUUCCCGAGUAAUUUGGGAUCCUCAAACUUAAUAGUACAAAAUUUUCGAAUAA